UUGUCCAAUAUUCGGACGGAUGAUCCCUCCUCGUCAGCAGAAAUAAGAGUAAUGGCUAAACAUUAUAGCUUCCAGUCAUCCUCACUCUCCAGUGAAAACCUUGUGUUGUAUAAUCGGAAUAGCAAGAAUUUUGUUCAGGCUGUUAAAAUACGAAGCAAAGGUGAUAUACCAUCGGCCUUCCCCGUUCUCGCUUUGGUGAAAAGGUGGAUUCAUACUCCGCUUGUAAACCAUGGUGUAUAUCUCAGGCUGCAGCCAUUUAACGUGGAGAAUUUGGUGUAUCACAAACGGGUGACUGAAUCUACCGCUGAGAGAAGGAAUAAUAGACCACUACUAGUGGUACAAACACAGGCCAAACUUCCGGAGAUUGAUUCAAUGUCAACUGGGAAUAGGUACAGGACACUGGGUGAAGUUAAGCGAAAGACCAGACAUGCUCGCGAAACUCGUGACAAGGGGCCUUGUUCUAAACGUCCUAUGCGGAUUCCAAUGGGCAGGAAUGGUCUCUGGAAAGACGUCAUUCUUCCUAAGUUUUAUGAUGCCUACAGGUGUGGUGGAGACUGUAAAUUUCCGCUGGAUAUUAAAGUCAGUCCAACUAAUUAUGCAGUCAUACGAUCUAUACUAUAUUCUUCGAAACACGAUCAAGGGAGUGGCGAGCCAUGCUGCGUUCCAAUAAAGCUCAGAGGACUGAGCACUAUCGAGUACCGUGAAAAGAACUUCAUAAUGGAGUUCUAUAAGGAGAUGAUUGUUGAAGAAUGUGGCUGUCGAUAAUUGACAACUAGUAUUCACCUCAAUGUCAAGGGUGGAUAUUUACCGAUCUGGGAGAAAGAAAGGUAUAUAUCUACCGUUAACCUCCAACACCGAGGUAAAUAGUUGUUUUAGUGUAUGCUUAAACGGUGAGAUUAUAUAGCACUAUUUCUUGAGAUGUCUAAGACUAAUUCUAAUAUUGAAUAAAAGCAAUAAGUAGGUGUUGAAUUGGUUUUUACCAUUAAAUAUAUAUCUGUAUUAAAAACUGGAUCAUUGGUUAAUGCAAUUCAAGAGUUUUCAUUGACUUAGCCAUCAUGGGUUAUGAGCCACUAUACCAUGAGUGCGCAUGAAGACAAGUUAAACCGGAAGUCUUUUCGUACAUUACAUCAUUCCAUUUGUUCUUGCAAAUAAAGUUAGAAAGAUUAAUCUA